UCGACAACUACUGUACAUCUCUCUCUCUCUCUCUGAGCAUCUCUUUCAAUCCAGUCUUCUCUUUGUUCCACCGGGAGGCCAAUAACGGAGAACCAAUAUGUCCGCCACAUCGCCUCCCAACCCACCACGCGGAGCUCCGGAUUCGGCAGUGAUGAAAGCCCGGAUCAUAUCACACAUGAACAGCGACCACGCCCUGUCGCUGCGCCUGUAUCUCAUGCGGUACUGUCACGUCCCGCUCCCCGGGACCAGCACGGCGCAAAUGCUAGACAUCACGUCGGAACAUAUGAUCAUCACAUCGAGUUAUGGCCGGCACGUCGUCCCGCUCGAGCCGCCCAUGAAGUCACUCAUGGAAGCCCGCGAGAGGCUCGUGGCGAUGCACAAUGACUGCCUUUCCGAGCUGGGUCUUUCGGAUGUCGUGCUGGAUCGAUAUGUCCCGCCGGACCGAGCCUGGCAGUGGGCGCUCAGUGCGUUGUGCGCGUUGAUUUUCGCCACGUUCCCGUUCCGCGAGAGUUUGCUGCCGGAGUCGGGCAGUGUCAUCGCACGGAUUUGGAGUCUCGGGGGCGCGGUGCCGGGACUGGCGAGGCUGAGUUACACUCUCCAGCCGUUCGUGCUGGCCGUCAUGGUGGUGCUGCAUGUCGGUGAGACGGCGUGGUUGGCAAACACGCGGUUGAAGAGGUAUUGGGUCGAGGUGGGCACGGCCGUGUGGUGGCUCUGGGUGCUGGAUUGUGCGUUGGAGGGUGUCGGGUGUCUGAGUCGAUUCGAUAGGAUUGUAAGCCGGUUAGAGGCGGAGAAGAAGCAUUGAUCUGCCAGUAUUUCAGAACGGGAGAGUUGCGGUUGUUGAGUUUAAGUCGCCACAGUGGGAGAGGGGGACUUUGUUGGGCGGUACACGGUGGACACACAGAGUUUUGGGCAUGGUAGUGCUGGAUACGAGAGAAUUUUUUGGUGACUGAGUAUGGGCAAUAGCUGUUCAGGGGUUCAGCAUGCUAGUGAAUCACUUGCUGAAGCGAGGUUGUGAUUGUGAGAAUAUAAGAGGAUGAGCAUGAGCAUGAGCAUGAGACACGAUCAGCAGAUGGCGAGAUUCAUGGAUAUUCCAUCUUCAUAUAGCAAUGAACGAGCGAGCCAGGAGUUUUGCAGGGCUCGGAUAGAACGACCAGGGCCAAAGACAGAAAACAAUUCCAUUCGCUUCA